CGCCGGUUGAAAUAAUUGCACGCAUUUUUUACAACUCUGGUUAGAGAGAGAGAGAGACUGUUGAACUGGUGGCAGAAGAAUGUAUUGGCAGCAGGAGUGGAGAAAGAAAUGGACUGUUGGUUGAAUCUUAGGAAUUGGUUUGGAAUUCAGAGAGCUUAGCCUUGAAGUUUGUUGAGGCUUUAUUUUGAUUGAGCUUGAGUUGUGGUUUUUGGAGCAGAAAAGUUUUGGUUUUGAGUUCUGAAGUUUGGCUCUUGAUUAAGCUUUGACAGUCGAUUCCACGGAGUAGAAGCAGAUGGAUACGCUGGAACUCCAAGAAUUUUUACGGUGAUUGAGGAAUUGGAGAAUUGGGUGGUCGAAUCCGUGAGCGCUAAGAAUUGUUCUAAUGACAGAUCUGUGCUAGGAGAUAUCUGGGAAAUGGCGGCUUCGGAUGUUUCUAUAAAUGGAAAUUCCGGUUAUAGCGACCAUAAAGAUGUUCCAAACUCAACGGACGGGGAAAAAGGCCAUUCCACAUUUUCAGGCACCAGCAAAGAUGCCGAGACGGCGCUUUACACGGAGCUCUGGCACGCGUGUGCGGGUCCUCUGGUGACCGUGCCUCGUGAAAACGAGCGCGUGUUCUAUUUCCCUCAGGGACAUAUCGAGCAGGUGGAGGCGUCUACCAAUCAAGUGGCGGACCAGCAGAUGCCAUUAUAUGAUCUUCCCUCUAAGAUCCUUUGCCGGGUCAUUAAUGUACAAUUGAAGGCUGAAGCCGACACGGAUGAGGUGUUCGUGCAAGUAACUUUGAUUCCCGAGGCAAACCAAGAUGAGAACUCUGUGGAGAAGGAACCUCCCCCACCUCCACCACCACGAUUUCAUGUGCACUCUUUCUGUAAGACGCUAACGGCCUCGGAUACAAGCACUCAUGGUGGAUUUUCAGUGUUAAGACGUCAUGCAGAUGAAUGUCUCCCGCCACUCGACAUGUCAAGGCAGCCUCCGACCCAGGAGUUGGUUGCCAAGGACUUGCAUGGAAAUGAGUGGCGAUUCAGGCAUAUCUUUCGGGGUCAACCGCGAAGGCACUUGCUUCAAAGUGGUUGGAGCGUGUUUGUUAGCUCUAAAAAGCUUGUUGCUGGGAUGCGUUUUUUACCUCUUAGGGGUGAGAAUGGGGAGCUUCGCGUUGGUGUGAGACGAGCUAUGAGACAGCAGGGUAAUGUCCCAUCCUCAGUCAUAUCCAGUCACAGCAUGCAUCUUGGUGUCCUUGCCACUGCAUGGCAUGCCAUCUCUACUAGGACCAUUUUCACUGUGUACUACAAGCCUAGGACAAGUCCCGCUGAAUUUAUUGUUCCCUAUGAUCAGUAUAUGGAGUCUAUCAAGAAUAACCACUCCAUCGGGAUGAGGUUCAAAAUGAGAUUUGAAGGUGAAGAAGCUCCUGAGCAAAGGUUUCCUGGUACCAUAGUUGGAGUUGAAGAUGCUGACACCAAGAGGUGGCCAAAGUCCAAAUGGAGAUGCCUCAAGGUGAGAUGGGACGAAACAAGUAUUAUACCUCGCCCAGACAGAGUUUCGCCUUGGAAAAUAGAACCAGCUCUUGCUCCUCCUGCACUAAAUUCCCUUCCGAUGCCCAGGCCAAAGAGGGCCCGAUCAAACAUGGUUCCCUUAUCCCCUGACUCCUCAGUUCUUACCAGGGAAGGUUCAUCUAAAGUGGCUCUAGACCCUUUGCCAUCAAGUGGAUUUUCAAGGGUCUUGCAAGGUCAAGAAUUCUCGACCUGAGGCAAUUUUGUGGAGAGCAAUGAGUCUGACACUGCUGAAAAGUCCAUUGUGUGGCCACCUUCACUAGAUGAUCAAAAGUUUGACAUAGUUUCUGCAUCGAGAAGAUAUGUGUCAGAGAACUGGAUGUGGGGGAGGCAUGAACCAACUUACACGGAUUUGCUGUCGGGCUUUGGGGCUAAUGCUGAUAUUUCCCAUGGUCCCUUUGCACCCUGUGUUGAUCAAGCUUCUGCAGCUGUUAAAUUUUCAAGAAAACUUUCACUUGACCAGGAAGGGAAGUUUAACUUUCUGGCUAGCCAAUGGUCCUUGCCCUCCAAUCUCUCGCAUAACUUGUUGGAUACUAAUCUGAACUGUCCUGUACAAGGUGGUGAUGUAGCUUAUCAAGCACAAGGCAAUGCUAGAUAUGAUGCCAUUACUGAGUCCUCCAUGCUCCAUUGUCACAGAGUUGAGCACCCACAAGGAAACUGGUUGAGGCCUCCACCAGCCCCAUGUCAUUUUGAGACACCUGCUCAUUCGAGAGAGCCAAUGCCUAUACCUAUAUCGGUACAGCAAUGUGAGGCUGUGAAACCCAAAGAUGGGAACUACAAGCUCUUUGGCAUACCCCUCAUUAGUAAUCCUGUUACAACAGGGCCAGUAGCACCACAGAGGGGAAUGAUGAAUGAACCAGGUGGUCAUAUACUUGAUACUUCGCACCCGGCUCGUACUCUUGAGUCUGAUCAAAAGUCAGAACAAUCCCAGGGUUCAAAAUCAGCAGAGAAUCCUCUUCCUGUUAAUGAGAAGAAAUCUGUACAAAGACGUGAGCAACAUUCAAGAGAGGUGCAAGGCAAGACACUAGGAAGUUCAACUAGGAGUUGUACCAAGGUUCACAAGCAGGGGAUUGCACUUGGUAGGUCAGUGGACCUAACUAAAUUUAAUAAUUAUGAAGAACUGAUUGCUGAAUUGGACCAAUUGUUUGAGUUUGGUGGUGGAUUGAUGGCUCCUCAAAAGAAUUGGUUGGUUGUAUACACUGAUGAUGAGGGUGAUAUGAUGCUUGUUGGGGAUGAUCCCUGGCAAGAAUUUUGUGGCAUGGUUCGCAAGAUUUUCAUCUACACCAGAGAGGAGGUCCAGAAGAUGAACCCAGGGACCCUUGAUUCAAAGGUUGGGGAGAAUCAAUUGGUUGGUGAAGAAGGGAAUGGGAACGAAGUGAAGUCUCAGCCGCUUUCUUUUGCAUCAACGCCUGAGAAAUGUUAGGCCUGGUUCUCAUGGGUUCUAGGGUUCGGAGGAGAGUGCUCUACAGUCGUUCCAGUUGGGCAUUAUGAACUAAUUGAGAUGGAUGUGUCUCACGCUCGUUUAGUUAGCUCCUUCCUUUGUCUCUAAGAUAUGAGAUGUAGAUGACAGAUAUGAUAUUACCAGUUUUGCACAUGUUGAAUGUUUUAUGCUGUCCAAUUUUAUACAUAAAAUAUGUACGUAUACCGAUUUGUGGGGCAAGGUGAUUCCUACCCUUGCGAUUGCAGACCAUCUCUCCUUGUACAUAUAGCCUCACUACCCUACUGUAAGUAAGAGCAUACAGCUUCUAAUGUCUUUUGUGUAAGAAUUCAGUCAUCUAAUGUUUUCAUUUUGAUGGUUUUGAAAAA